UACUACAAAAUAAUACACCUAUAGAUUGAUCCAAUCGAUGUCAGUUACAGAUGGUGACAAGCAAAUUUCAAUACAGUAUCAACUUUUUGUGAACAUUUUAUUUGGUGGCGUGUUAUGAGAGGUUUAAAAUGUAGAUCGUGUGCGUAAAGGAAUUGGGGAACACUGGUUGGAAAAACCGAACAUGCCUCUUCAAUUAAUUUUGUUUUUGUAACAUUUGGACGUCGUCAUGAAUACUGCAUAACGUUUACAAUUCUUCAGCAUGAAUACCCACCAAUAAACAGCCUGUUUAGCCUGACUAUUUGUGCAAAUUCAGUUUGUGUGCGAAAAAAAAGCCUACGUGAUUGUGUUGUACUGUAGGUGGGGCGGGGGAGAUGGUUGCCAUGGUGAUUCUGCGGCUCAUUCAGGAGCUUUUAUGACGUCACCGUUACCCCUGUAAGCGGCGGCUGUGGCCAUUAUCAGCUGGCUAGCUCAGCUCACGUUUUCGACAAUGCCCCCCAUCGCCGUCCCUUCAUCCGCACGAUAAAGGAACCGUAGGAAUGACGUGGCCGUCGAGAAAGGGCCCAUGGAGGCUCUUUCCCGGAGUCCCACCGGUGCAACCGAACGAGGCUGCAGUUAAAAUCGGCUAAAGCUAGCUGCUAACCGCUGGCUAGCUCCAGAUUUGAAUGUCAUGCACAAUCAAUUUAAAGUCUCCGAAAUCCCACUUUAAAAUACACGAAUUAAAGACAUGAAGUGAUGGGUUGGUGCCACUGAUGUCAGCUUCUGACUGCAGCAGAGAGCACUCACCAUGAGUGGAGAGCAUACAGACAUCCUGUCAACGGCAGAUGUGGUCAGGGACAGAUGGAGAGUGGUCAGAAAGAUUGGCGGAGGUGGCUUCGGGGAGGUCUACGAGGUCCUGGACCUACUGAGCCAGGCCACCGUUGCAAUGAAGGUGGAGUCUGCCACACACCCCAAACCGGUGCAGAGGACAGAGGCAGUCGUGUUGAGGAAGCUGCAGGGCAAAGAUAAUGUGUGUCGCUUUGUCAGCGCUGGCCGAAACGAACGCUUCAACUAUGUGGUGAUGGAACUCCAGGGGAGGAACCUGGCCGAUCUGCGGAGAAGCAGGGCCCGCGGUACGUUCUCAGUGUCGACGACUCUGAGGCUCGGCAAGCAGAUUUUACAGGGCAUUGAAAGCAUUCAUUCAGUGGGCUUCCUGCACCGCGACAUUAAACCAGCUAACUUUGCAAUGGGAAGACUAGCAAGUACUUGCAGGUGCUGCUACAUGCUGGACUUUGGUUUGGCCCGACAGUACAUGACCUCCAACCAGGAACUCCGUCCUCCUCGGUCUGUGGCUGGCUUCAGAGGAACUGUGCGAUAUGCUUCAAUCAAUACUCAUAAAAAUAAGGAAAUUGGUCGUCACGACGAUCUAUGGUCCCUCUUCUACAUGUUGGUUGAAUUCAUGUCUGGUCAACUCCCAUGGAGGAAAUUUAAAGACAAGGAACAAGUCGGAAAUCUCAAAGAAGCAUACGACCACCGCCUCAUGCUUAAUCACUUACCAUCUGAGUUUAGCGCAUUCCUGGAUCACAUCCUCAGCCUGGACUACUAUACCAAACCCGACUAUGAGCUGCUGAUGUCACUGUUUGACUGCUCUAUGAAAAGCCACAAUGUGCUGCACAAUGAUCCCUACGACUGGGAGAAAUGCGACUCGGAGGACAUGCUGACCGCAGCUGCGGCGCCACCGACCGGCCAGGAGCUCACCCGCCUCACACCAGCUCACUUGGGCAUGGCCAAUGCCUCAGUGCUGCCGGUGGAAUUGCAGAGGGAGAACACAGAGGAUGUCCUCAUGCUCGGAGAGCGCUUCAGUGACGCCGACAACUGUCCUCCUAUCCCCCCUGCGUCCGUUCCCGCAAGAGCCAUAUGGGAUGAAAUGGACCGCAUUCAAACCCGGAAGCAUGUCGAGCCAGUGAUCCGGAAGGUGGUGACCGAGGAAGAGCAUAGUCAGAACCAGGGCAACCAAAGCCCUGCUGGCUCCGCGCAGAGUUCUCCAAGGCGAGUACGAUCCGAGACGCUGUACUUGGACCGAGCUGUGCCGCUGCUCCGGAAGAUGCGUCAGAGUCAGAGUUUGGCGUUUGAAAGGAGACUUGCACCUGAACCCAAGCCUACUCUUGAGCGCUUCCUUGAGUCCUGUCGGGGCAAAACGCCUCCUGUCCUUUCUCACAUCGGGGAGAAAGUCUUGUCCGACGAUCAUUCCGGCGCGGGUACAGCUGACCCGGAGGAAGGGGCGGUCAGCAGCGGUUUUGUCACUCUCCCGCCGGAACGCCUCUCCUCGGAGCGAGGCUCCAGGUCGGACUGCGGAGGGGAAGACCCUCUUUCUCUGUCCUCUUCGUCAGGCAGUAAAAGUAAGAUCCCACGACCCAUGAGCGCCACCUUUGUUCCCGAGCAGCUCAGCGGCAGACUCGUGCCUCACCCACCUCCCGGGAAACCGUCUGCGGGCCCAUGUGCCGACCACAGGCGGCGGCGUUUGCGAGUGCGCGCCAGCAGCACCAGCGACGCGGACUCCUUGUCCAGUGUGAACCAGUUGGCGCAGGACCGCAGCGGCCAGCUGGUCAGCCCGCCUCCACCCCGCCCUUGCGGCUCCUCCGUCCUGCAGCGCUCGCUGAGUUGCUCGCCGUCCCGCCAGGAGCCCCGCGACGGCAAGGCACCGCCUGUGGGACGCAGCCGCUCCGGCUCAUCUGCGCCACCUCCUCCUCCCGCCCCUCGACACGGCCCCUUGCAAGCCAAGUCAUCCGGGCAGACUCCGUUGGUCCCGCGCUCCAUAGGAAAAGGUUUGAUCAAGGAGAGCAAAGGCUCAAGGAAACUGAAACGGUGAUUAACAGAAAAGACCGAUCGGCAUCUGUAAAUACAGUAUGUGCUCAAGGGAAUGGGUACUGUAUGUAAUGUAAGAAAAAAAAGGUGUGUAUUUAUUUAUUUGCUACAUUAGCUCAAAUUGAUCCAUGAACUAUACCUUGAAACGCCGGAGUGAUUUUGUGCAGACACUUCGGGGAUGUUUGAUGAAACCGGUUGCAACCGGGGUGCAAAAUUCAAACUGAGCGCUCACUUACCCUUAUCAUGGCAAAUGCUUGAAAUGAUCAGAUUUGAUGCCAUCCUACACUCAUGUUUCACAUCGUCGGGAGAGUAGUGGACUUCCUGUUCCAUGUUGAACAUGGGUUCCUUCAGACUUUCUCAUGUGUUCUUUUGGCACAGAUGACUCACUUCCAUGUCCAUCAGUGAAGCAUGUUUACUUAACUCGGGCUGUUACUAAAUGAGAUUUGGGUAGGUUAUGUCGGGAAGCCCCCCCCCCCUUUUUUUUUUGUUUGGACCAUGAUACCCUUGGCAGUUUUGUUUGCAAUCUUUUAAAUUGCCACAUUGAACACUACUCCCAACACUAAUUUCACAAAUCUGUUUCGGUUACUUUCAUCUGUAGAGCCAACCAAAUUGUCACCAGGUAUAAUUUUGCACACUGGUUCCAACCCUAAAGCCAGCAGCAUAUCAGUGAGUUUUGUCCAUGUAUAGCCUUUUGAGGAACUUCCCAUCAUGUGCAAGCACAUCCAUUCAGUAGAAGAUACAUUAAAAAUUUAUGUCUCUAAAGUAUAGUGCUAGGAAAAAAAAAGUACUUGUGCGUUUGGCUUUGAAGUUUCCACAGUAGCGUUGCUUCUUAACAGGUAAAACAGCAAUGUUGUUUUUGCCUCACCAUAACCUCGUCAUGCAUUCUACAUCUGUAAGUCUAUUAUUCUUCUAAAUGUGCUUGAAUGUUUGACAUGCCAUAUCUGCCCAUGA